UUUUUUUUUUUUGUGUUUUUUUUUCCGCUUUACUUUCCGAAAAGCAGUCUCUCUACGUUUUUUGUUGUGUUCACUUUGCGAUUCCAGACAAAAAACGCUGUUUAAUUUAGUAUUUUAAAAUAAUUUUCUUUGCAUUCAUUCGAUAUUGAAAUUUAGCCGAAGAAACAAGUUCUCUAUCAAUAAAUGCAUAAUUCAAUAUUAUAAUUAUAUUUUUAAUAAAACUCUUUAAGAAUAAUUUUCAAAAUACUUAAAUUGAAAAAACAAAAAAAAAAAACCUGAUAAAUUCAAUACGUCUUCACUAACUGAUAUAAAUUGCGUAGUAAAUAUAAAUAAAAAUAAAAAAAAAACAAACAUAAAAAAAAAAAAUUAAAAAAAAAUGUAAAACUAAAUAUAAAAAAAUAUUUGCUCGAAUGUCGUAUCAAUCAGUAUCAACAACGUUGGCCAAACGCAAACUUGUAUUCUAACUAAUCGCUUAAAUAAAAAUAAUAAUAAUAGAGUCGAAAAUUAAAUUAAAAAUUUUUAAAGCCAUUUGGUUUUGUUUUUUUUUUUAAUAUUAAUUAAGGAAAGAAAAACAACUUUUCCAAGAGUGAUUGUUAACUAAUGCGAUAUUACUAACGUUCAGCACAAGCAAACUGAACCGAGAGAGAAAACUCAACAGUGUAAAGUGUUUUGCAGCAUAGAUAGAUAUAUAUAUAUACACACACAAAUAUAUAUAUAUAUAUAUAUAUUUACGUGUAUAAAAUAUAUUAUAUAUGUGUUAGCGUUGGUCUUCUGAACUUUGACUGGCCAUGGCAUUCUUUCGCAAAUGGAAAACCCACUAUAAACAUAAAAAAUUCACAUCCGAUGAUAUUGUUGAUGGCGAAGAUUGGAAUUUGGGCGUUAAAGGCUUAAAGGACGCUAAGCAAGUGGAUGAUUUGAAAUUGAAUUGGGAUGGCGUUGGCACUGAACCGGAUGAAGAUGACAAGCCGAUCUUUCAAACAUAUGAUAUUAAGUAUUUGGGUUGUACACCAAUCGAGACUAAACGUUCCGAGAAAGUAACAUCGGAGGCUAUAAAGACUGUGAUUGCAAAUGCUAAAGCUGGCGGUAGAAAAAUUAAAUCACAAAAACGCGUUAAACUUAAUGUUUCCCAGGAUGGGAUACAAGUGCUAGAUCAUGCCACCGAUGAAACCCUAAUGCAUUUUUCUAUAUAUAAAAUAUCGUAUUGUUCGGUCGAUGCAUCGCAUGAUCAUGCAUUCUCCUUUGUAGGCUCGGAACCCGAUCCCUUAUCCGAUCAAGAGAAAAUGUCUUGUCAUGUUUUCUUAUGUCCGAAACGGAAAAUUGCUCAUGAAAUCACUUUAUUGGUGGCGCGAUGUUUUGAAAGUGCUUAUCAGACAUGGCGAGAUACGGUAGUGCAACAGGUCAAACAACAGCAUCAACAGCAGAAUGGUAAAGUUUUAAAAGAACAAAAUGGUGUCAUUGAAUCAAAAGCUGAAGUACAUUACUCUCAAACAAUGGAUGAUGAUAAGAAACACGACAAUCCAUUAAUUGAUUUGGCUACAAGCGAUAAUGACGUACGAAAAUAUCUACAAAAUACUUGGGUCUCGUUCGAUGACGAACCAUCGCAGCAGCAGGAAAGUUUUCAUAUAACCGCUUACUAAGGGCAUAACAAUGACAAAAUAACACUAACGUACGAUAAGUUUUUAAUUAAGUAGUAUUUUAAUUUUAAAAAAAGUUAAUCAAAAAUAAAUUUUGUGCAUAAAAAAUUUAUCUUUUAAUUGUAUUGUGCUUUAUAUAUCCGUGAUUUUUAUAACUCAUUGUAAACAUAUCUUAAAAUGUAAUAAACAUAACAUGACAUGAGUCAUUCAUUCAACUUGUUGUCAUUGACAAGAAAGGACAAAUCGAAUGCCGGGAAGACGCAUGAGUUUGGAAAAAAUAAAUAAAAUAAAUGCUGAUGAUUAUUAA